AGGUGGUUUGGGUCUACUACUAGAAAUCAAGGCCCCACCAUAUAUCCUUCCCAUUCUCCCCUCCCAAGUCUAUUCUCCCAAAAGGCCAUGUUCCCCGAGGACAAUAAUAAUUCUAGAAGCCCAAGCCGGAAGAGAUGGUUCUUCUUGCCGCCCUCCUGCUUCGUAGGUUCUCUCGUCUCCGAGACCGGCGGCUCCGACCGUCCCGGCGGCCCCUCCACGGUGUCGAAGCCCAAGCUCUCCCGGUUCUCCUGGUCCCGAAUCCGAAAGAAGAAGAAGACCGUCCCCCUCGACGGCGCUCCCCCUAACAUCGAGCAAGCUUCGGCUCAUAAGAUCAGUCCCUCCGAGAAGCCUUCCAAGGGUCGAACCAGUAGAAGCGGAAGCAACGCCAAGCAACUCCAACGCGAUGCAGUCACCCAACUUCACCCAGGCAUCAACCUCCAUCAGCCCCACCUCCCCCGAAUCUCCACGCAGCACCGCACCUGCAGCGGAGCGGCGCCACCCUCCUGGGAACUCGACCCAGGCCGCGGCGGGUCCAAGACCAGCCACGCCGGCUCGCCCGGGCACAUCCAUACGGCCGCCUCCAAUAAAAUCCCGGUUCGGACCGGGUCCCUCGAACCGGCCGCCGGGCUCUGGAUCAUGGUGGUGACUUUGGCCGUGAUGGUUUUCUUUGGACGCGUCUCGGCCGUUAUCUGUUUGUGCUUUUGCUUCUACAUCGCGCCACUUUUGAGCGUGGUAGAGGAUGAUGGCUCCAGCCGCGAAGGAGUGGGUUCAAGAGAGGUUGAUAUGGAUUCAGGGGAGUACAAGAAGAGAGUUAUAUUGGAAGGCUUGUUGGAAAGGAAUGGUCGGAAGCCAUCAGGUUUUUUAGUUGCCAUGGGUGCGUUGCAGAAAAGAUAGUUUUUUUUCUUUUUUUAAAAAAAAAUAUAUUAUUGUAUAUUGUUUUUGAAAUUAUGUUUGAUUUAUGAUUUUGGGAUAUACUGAGGUGUAAAUGAACAUGUAUGUGAGAAUUAUACAGUUAGAAGAAAUCUAGUUCAUGCAUCACACACCAUUUCUUUCGAA